AGGAAGAGGAACUAAAUUUGACCCAAACGGGGACGAGGGUGGCGACUGGCCCGAAAAACCGGCAGGUCUGGCCGUAGCUGCGGCCCCGGGUUGUGCUCAGGACAAAGAUCAUGCGGACCACCACAACAUAGGCGGAACUGGCCUGACCGUUGUCCGCGAUGCCGACAUUGCCAUUGCACGUGCACCGUCGAGAAAUUGGUACAACAUGCUUCACGAGGAGGAACAAGUCCAGGGAGAUUAUCGUCGUGUCGCCGAAGCCGAUCUUCAUGUGCAGAGUCGGCAUCAAGAACAGCAUCAAUUUGUUGCUCCUAGUACGUCGAGCGCGCACCAGCAACAUCAAAACCAAGAGGACCACCGCGAGCACGAACAGAUGUUGCCUGAUCUGCGACGCGAAGUAGAGAAAAUUCGCAGCGAAUUCGUCUUUUCGGCCUCGGAUUUCGAGACAGAUGAGAUUGAGGAGGAGAUUCUGUCUCGCGUCGAGCAUCAGGCUGAGAGGGUGCUGGCCGGGAAAAUGCUGGACCAACGUCAGAUGGAACCAGGGAAAACUGAAGAAGAAGAGACUUCUGAAGAUCUUGUAGGAAAUGCAGUGAAAGCUCAACAAGAAGGAGAAGGUGAAGGCACAUCAAGCUCAAGUUCGGGGUUCUGGUAUGCACGCGGCGGGGGCCAAGAAAUAGAACAGCAACAGGAAAACAAAGAACACUGCAAGAUCGUCCACGACCGCGCAGCUUCAGCUCAACAAAAAGAGGACCCGCAUCUGCAUCAGGCUGACCACCAUGAUCAAGAGACCACAACCCAAGAACGCAAUAAUUCUUGUUUUACCUUCGGCGCCGCUGCCCACGCUCCUGUUCCGAUGAUCGCAAGUGCCUGUGGCAUCCCCAUGCAGAUGGUGGUUGUUGGUAUGGUACCAGUGUACCAGUACGCCUACGCUCAAGCCAUGCUGCCCCCGCGGCUACCUGAGGAAACGCGGCUAGAGUACCACACGCUAAUGCACGGCACUCCUCGCUGCGACCUGACGAGUGCAGCCGCGUCUUCGAACGGCGCCAACGUGAACGCUCCAUGUUCGCUUUGCCUGCAGCCUACCGCGGGUUGUAUUACGCCAGGUGGUCCGCCAGCAGUAGUUGUGCCUUGUUCUAUUUUUGUCAAUGCCACGAAUCGGAAUCAUGAUGCCGCCUCUGCAUUUUCCUGUGCAGCGUCGAACAGCAGCUUCGUCUACCACACGAGCUGUAAUAGUGCUGGAGGGCCGGGUUGUUCGUCUGCUUCAAAUGCAACUAUGUUCUUGGAGGACAUUAAACCGUCGACAACCGUAUCUUCGGACGAGUGGAAGGACGAGCCUGGUCCUAGCAUGGAAGAAGUCGUAGAAGAUGCAGUCGCUCCAGCGGAACAGGAGAUGAACGUGGACAACCGCCGCGGCGCGUCGACGCCCGAUGCUGCGGCUUCGCCAAGCGUGAGAACUGUGAAGACCGUGACUGAGGGAACAUUCCAAAGCCCUGACCUUGCAGAUGCAAAGACAGUACCACGACCACCUUUCAAUGCGUUCCCUCCGCGCAAUCCUGGCUCGUGUGGGCACCCCCAUGCGUGUGCAGAGGCGUGCAAGUAUGUUCGCAAGCAGCGCGGGUGCAAGGACGGAGAUAAUUGCGACCGCUGUCACGUGUGCAUUUGGCGGCCCCCGCCGCGCCUCGCGGAACUGCGCAAACAAGCGAGACUGAAGCACCGCGGUUUGGUAAAAACUGCAUGCGUGUCCUCGUCGUGCUCUCAGGCCGCGGACAAUGAAAAGCAAGCACCAGCAGUGGAUGAGCAAGAAUCAGCCAAAGAUGCCACUUCCAGUACAAUUACAACUCCAGCCUCCUGCUCUGCGCAACAAGUGCGAGCAGAUGGUCCUUGUGUGCGAGCCGAACCAGAGCACUAUAUUAGUGCUCCUGCACCUGCUUCUGCAGGACGAGAGGACGAGCUACUUCCACCAGAACAAGAUGAGAGGCUGACAACUGGGUACGGAGACGAGGGCAAGAAACAGAAAAACGCUGCCAACGAGAACGAGGUUGUAGUACCGUCGCACAGUGCUUCUAUACUUCACGACAGCUAUCGCGCUACAGUGAAAGUUGUAGAUGAAGCAGCUGCAGGAGGAGGAGCUGCUCCAUCUUCAUCUGCAUCUGCUAGUACGCAGCCAGGCAUCAUCGUCCAAGGUGGUCAUCCUGGGGUGAAAAGUGUUGGCAACAAGUACGUCGACGAGGACCCCGACCUGUUCGUGGACGAGAACCUAGCGGCGCGCUCCAUGUGGUCAAGACAGCUGUCGGACGAAGUAAGCGCGGCCAGUACACGACUGCCGGAGGACGUGGACCACCACCAGAUGGCGGAAAAAGACGUAUCAGCUACUGAAACUACCGACUGCACCGGUGCAGUGCCGGGCGGGGGCGAAGUAGAUCCUCAUCUAAGCAUUGUGGAAGAUGACGCCGAUCCGCGGGUUGGGCUGGGAAAGUUGCAUGUGCUUCCACAGUGCGUGGAGUUUCGUCGGGAGUUUUCCCUGUCUAGUAUCUCAGAACUGGGUGGUGCUGGCUGCGACGAUGAAGAAGACGAAGACGAAGGCCUGACGAGACGAAGGCCUGACGAGGACGGGUUAGAAAUAACAUCCCAGAAUAGACGGCCUCGUGUACGAACAUCGUCAGAACAAUGGGCCGCGGGAAGGAACAUCACAAGUGUUGAUGUAGUUCCUGACCAAACUGGUGCAGAAGCAGGGUGGCGCAGUGCAGCAGCUGCUCCUGGUAUUGCGCCGCAGCUGCCAGAAGAACAGAAAACGGUGGAGCACGAGCAGCCGGGAUGUCACGCGGACGGCUCUUCCUGCAGUUUGGGCGGGCAGCAAGCAGAUGCAAAUUGCUAUCUCUCCUCGACGUCGUCUUGUCCUGUGUACUACAGCUGCUUUGCUGGCUACAAGAACCACCC